CUGUUCCAGGCUGCGUCUGAUCUCGAUGUACCAUGGGGCUUGCACAACUCUAUCGGCUUGUUCACGGUCUUCUAUCUUUCGGGAUUAUUCUCCAUUCGUGAACUUCAUGAUGCAGCUGUUCGUAUCCAGAAAGCAUACAGAUCCUACAGAUUCUUCAGAGCACUCAAGAAAAUGUUGCAAGAUGCGAGGUCUGAGGCCCGCACAUCUGACAUGGACAAGCAGUCGUUACUCAUGAGAACGUACGUCGUGGAACCUGGAGCUACCAAUGAGGCAGAAAUGUCAAAGUUGAUUAUUAACAUAGGAGACGAAAUAAGGAGAGCACAAGGAGAAUCGCGGGAAAAGAUCGAGUUGGGAAAAUCGAUGACAGAGCAGCAAAAGGAAGCACAUGGUAGAGAAGCAAUCAUCACUGCUGCUGUUGUGAAGAUACAGAGCGCUUUCCGUCGGCACCAGUUACGAGUUCGAGCACGAAACGAGCGUCAGCAGAGAUGGGCUGAGCUCACCCGGGCGGCUACUGUCAUUCAGGUUGCUACCAUUUUUCGUUCUGUAUGUCGACGGUAA